AACUUUACUCUAGUCCCUUGCGGGUUCCAAGCGGUCGCCGGACACACGCUCCAUUCAUUCCUGCGUCUUUAUUUACCGGUGUACGCGACUGGCGUUGUGUGUUUGAAGUGGUCUUCAGGCAGGCAUGUCAGGCUCAACUUCCCCGCCUCCCUCGGCAGAGGCUGUGGGAACCGAGGGGUGUUUUCCCCCCGGAUACAAGCCUUUCAAACCCGAGGAGCACGGCCUGGAGCGCGGGUUCCGUCUCACAGCCUUUUCGGACCUGAAGGGAUGAGGCUGCAAGGUCCCGCAGGAGGCUCUGCUCAAACUCCUGGCGGGACUGGAGGCGGACCGGGCCGACGGGACGGGGAAGGCCGGAGACCAAGCAUCAGAGUUUGGCCAACAGCUGUCCGGUCCCAGACUCGGUGUUGGGAUGGACUGCUGUGUGAUCCCCCUGAGACAUGGAGGGCUCUCACUGGUUCAGACCACAGACUUCUUCUACCCUCUGGUGGAGGAUCCCUACAUGAUGGGCAGGAUAGCUUGUGCUAAUGUCCUCAGCGAUCUCUACGCCAUGGGCAUCACAGAGUGUGACAACAUGCUGAUGCUGCUGAGUGUCAGCCAGAAGAUGAAUGACAAGGACCGUGAGCGGGUGAUGCCACUGAUGAUUCGGGGGUUUCGGGACGCAGCAGAGGAAGGGGGGACUUCUGUGACAGGUGGCCAGACGGUGAUCAACCCCUGGAUCAUCGUAGGAGGAGUAGCGUCAGUCGUCUGCCAGCCUAAUGAGUUCAUUAUGCCGGAUGGUGCUGUGCCAGGCGACGUCUUGGUUCUGACUAAGCCUCUGGGCACGCAGGUGGCUGUGAACGCUCACCAGUGGCUUGAUCAGCCUGAAAGGUGGAACAAGAUCAAGCUAGUUGUCACCAAAGAGGACGUUAAAGAGGCCUAUCAGGAAGCCAUGUUCUCCAUGGCAACGCUAAACCGCACAGCGGCGGGCCUAAUGCACAAGUUCCAGGCCCACGCCGCGACAGAUGUGACAGGUUUCGGGUUGCUAGGUCACGCAAACAACCUGGCAGCACAGCAACGAAACGAGGUGGCCUUCGUCAUCCACAACCUACCAAUCAUAGCCAAGAUGGCUGCCAUCAGUAAGGCCUGUGGAAACCUGUUCAACCUGGUUCAGGGCACUUCAGCAGAGACUUCUGGUGGGCUGCUGGUGUGUCUGCCCAGAGAGCAGGCGGCCAAGUUUUGCUCUGAGAUGAAGAGCCAGAGCUCUGGAGCUGCAGGUCAGGGGGCGGCGGGCGGAGCGUGGAUAAUCGGAAUUGUAGAGAAAGGCGACCGCCGCGCUCGCAUCAUUGACAAGCCCCGCAUUAUCGAGGUUCCCCCACGUGGGAGCCAGGCAGCAAAUCAGGACAACAGCACCACCAGCCCCGCUCCCAGCCCCAAUCUGUCAUAGACACUGUGUGUGUGUGUGUGUGUGUGUGUGUGUGCGCGCGCGUCUGUCUGUGUGUGUGUGUGUUUAUGCUGCUGUCCAUCUCGUCUCUUUUCAGUCAAAAUGCUGAGAGCACACAGACCAAAAUGGCUGUCAUCUUUUCCAGUGGGAGAGGGAAUGGACAGCAUACACUUUUAUUUAUCCGCCUUUGGAAAGGAGAUGGAGAGCUGCUGAAACAAGGGGAAACAAAUUUAAAUUCAGGGUAGAAUGCUGUCCUACCCCACCCCAUCCUUUUUUAUUUACAUCUGCACUCCCUGCCUUUCCUCCCCUGCCCCCUCUCUUAAUCCAUACAUUAAAGUGACUUUAUAUAAUUUAUCUGAAUGUAAAGGUUUCUGGAAAGAAUUAGUUUCAAUUCUAAAGAGAAAACAUUCCAAAUCAUUCUUGCCACUGAAAAAAAGUGUAAAUGUGUGUGUGUGUGUGUGUGUGUGUGUGUGUUUGACUGUGGUGCGGAAGUGGAAACAGGUUUUUGUUGACUCUUUGAUUUGAAAGUGGAUGAUGUUAUUGUCGGUGAAUGUAUCAUGUGGAAAAAAUGGUUCAUCAGUCCUGGCAUCUGGCUCCACCCACACAGCCCAUAGGAAGGCUUGAGCAGCUUCCUUUGGGCUGGCCGGGUGGCGGUCAGAAUGUCCUUCUGUGUCAGCUUGACUGGCCGUCCAGCAACAAGUCCGUCCCACCCUUCCUUUUUAUGAAGCUCUGCCUUUUAAACCCCAGCUAACGGGGGAAGGCGGAGUGGAUGUUGGCCUUUGGAUCGGGGUCGGACUGAGGUUGCUGGAGGUCUGAAGCUGUCUGUGUUUGUAGAUUUCCUGAUUUUUCACAAUCAAUAAAACCAUCAUCAACUGGCACUGAAA